CUGACGUUUCGAGCUACUCACAUCGCACUCUAGACGCUGCAACGAUACACACGACGACACACUCGCAGCGACAACGAUCAGGACCUAGACAGCACGCGCAUACACCGCCACCAUGGCACCCACCAAGAAGUCCAUCUACCGCCAGCCCGGGGCACAGCACUUCCAGCUCGUGCACCGCUCCGUGCGCGACCCGCUCAUCAACGACCCCGAGGCGAGCCAGCAGGUGUUCAAGCCGGUCGAGCGGUACAAUGACGCCCAGAAGUCCGGUGUUACCCUCGCCGAGCUCGACGCCACCCUCGACAAGUCCAAGAUGCGCGCCAACGAGGGCGAGGCCGCGCAGUACGGCAUCACGUUCGACGACUCGACCUACGACUACAUGUCGCAUCUGAGGCCGGUCGGUGAGGCGGGCUUCGAGUCGGUGCUCCUCGAGGCGCCGAGGGGCUCGGCGGCCGCCACGGGAAUGAAGCGGCAGGGCAACCGCUCAAAGGGCAAGGGACGCCAGGACGACGACAUGUUCCUCCCGCCCGACGCACUGGCAUCGCGCAACGAGAUCUCGUGGCAGGAGGCGCAGGACGCGUACGAGGCCAUCCCGGCCGAGCUGCAGGGGUUCCAGCCCGACAUGGACCCGCAUCUCCGGCAAGUGCUGGAAGCGCUCGACGACGACGCAUUCGUGGACGACGGCGGCGACGGGAGCUUGUUUGACGACCUGCUCGGCGGCGGCGAGCUGGAGGACGGGGACGAGGCUCCCGAGUUUGACUUUGCCGAGUGGGGCGUUGACGAGAACGGGCGCGAGCUGCAGGCGCCUCGAUACGACGACGAUGAUGACGACGACAGCAGGACCGAGGCGGGCGAGGAGACGUGGGAGGACCGAUUCCGCGCGUUCAAGGCCGCCGGUGGCCGGCAUCCAGAGCAGAAGGCGACCUCGAACGGCGGGUGGGACGAUGAGGAGGCCGACCCGGCCGAGCGCUCAGAAAUGGCCGACACGAUCGGCUCCUUGGUGUCUGGGUUCGGCGACAUGGUGGUCCGCGGCGGCAAGAAGCGGCACGGCAAGCGCGGCCCGUCGGACGCGUCGGGCAUGUCUAUGUCCAGUGCGAGCGUGUACCGUAACGCUGGGCUGCGGUCGCUCGACGACCGCUUCGACGUCAUUGAGCGCGAGUACGAGCUCGACGACGAGGACGACGAGUACCUCGACAUGGACGACGACGACGUGUCGAUCGCGCCGUCGUUCAUGAGCUCAAUGUCGCGCGCAAGCAUGGCGUCCAAGGCGGCCGAGGACCACGGCCCCGUCGAGCUCAGCCGCGAGGACUUUGACUCGAUCAUGGACGACUUUUUGGACAACUACGAGGUUGUCGGCUCGCGCAUGCGCGAGAGUCUGGGCGGCACGGCCAUGACCGGCGCCGAGAAGCUGAGCGUGCUCCGCGCUGCGCUCGAGCAGGGCGAGGACGGAGACGGUAUCGGCCGCGAGGAGAACCGCCGCCGUAUCCUCGAGCUCGAGCAGCUCAACCGCGGCUACGUCAAGGAGAAGAAGGACAAGGUGGCUCUGAGGGAUAUCGACGAGAAGGCCGAGCCCAAGUGGGACGUCGAGACGAUUCUUUCCACAUACACCAACACGGAGAACCACCCCGGCACUAUCCGCGUCCGUUCGUCAGAGGAACAGAAGGCCCGUCUCCUUCGCCGAGUUGAGGAGGCCGAGAAGGCCGCGGCCCGGGCCGCAGCCAAGGCCCUCCCCGUCACCGAGGAGGAGGAGGACUCUGGAUCCGAGACGGAGCGCGAGGCGCCGAAGGUCACCGUCACACGGCCGAAGGGCGAGUCGGCCGAGGAGCGCAAGGCACGCAAGAACGCCGUCAAGGAGCAGCGCGCGAACCGGAGGCAGGAGAAGAAGAAGCACACUGAGACGUUUGGUGCCGAGCGCAAGCGCCAGAUUGCGAGCCACCAGAAGAUGGUCGGUGGCGGCCGUGCUGCCGAUGUGGCUGUUGGCGCCCGGGGCGUUGUCUCGCUCAAGUGAGCAGUGUUGCCGUCGCCAUCUCAUCUCGUCUUCGACUCCAACGCAUUACCCGGCACCGAUCACACCGAUCAGACCGGAUUAGAAGCCUCUCGCAAACUCAACUCGACUCGACGUUGUGGUCGUCGUCGUUGCCGAGCUCCGAGCCCGAACCCACCAUCCCCCCGGCCCCGGCCAUCCCAUCCAACGCGCCCGGCCGGACCAUUGCAUCAAUGUUCAUUUUUUGGGACCCGUCUGUACAGUAGUAGAAUGCAUGUGCAUUGUGGCUCGAG